AGCCGCGGCUCAGAGGAAUACACCUUUCCUAGAAGUCGCACACCUAAGAAGAUUCCAUCCUCCGAUUGGAACUCUGACCUAUUUAACUCCAAAAACUAGUCAUGUCUGGGAGAGUUUUGCAUUAACUGCCCAGAGAAAACACGACCAUCUGUCUGCAAAACCCAAGCCUAGGAGAGGGGCUUGGAUGUAUAAGGCAAUUUUCAGACACUCCCUGCAGUGGAGAUAGCAGGGACCUGUCCUUCAGCCUCGGACUACUGGCGGGUUCUUUCCUGGUGUUAGCCAAGUGCUAGUGGAGACAGAGUUGAGGUGAGACUCCAAUCUGCAGUGACUCCAACCUUGCCGGGGUAGUCAUGUCGGAGCAGCAGCGGCAGGGCGCCGAGCGCGACCUCUACCGGGACACGUGGGUGCGUUACCUGGGCUACGCCAAUGAGCUGGGGGAGGCUUUUCGCUCCCUGGUUCCUGCAGCUGUGGUGUGGUUGAGCUAUGGUGUGUCCAGCUCCUAUGUCCUGGCCGAUGCCAUAGACAAAGGCAAGAAAGCAGGAGAGGUGCCAAGCCCUGAAGCAGGCCGCAGCACCAGAAUGGCCCUGGCUGUGGUCGACACCUUUGCGUGGCAGUCUCUGGCCUCUGUGGCUAUCCCAGGCUUCACCAUCAACCGCCUGUGUGCUGCCUCUCUCUAUGUCUUGGGUACUAUGACCCGCUGGCCCCUGACUGUCCGCAAAUGGACCACCACCACACUUGGGCUGCUGGCCAUCCCCGUCAUAAUCCACCCCAUCGACAGGUCAGUGGACUUCCUCCUGGACUCUAGCCUGCGCAAGCUGUACCCAUCGGUGGAGAAGCCCAGCACCCCCUGACCCUGUCCUGUGCCUUGCCUGGGGUUGGCCCACUCACAUCAAGGGACGCGGAUACGUGGUUGUUUGGGGUCCACGGAGCUGCCGUCUGGGUGGGUUCACGUUGAUGGGAGCUUAGAGACGAAGGCCCUGAGGAGUAGUGGCAGUGAGUUCCAGGGUGGGGGUGGGACCCAACCUUGUCUGCAUCCGUGGCCACGGUUGUGCUGAGUGGGAACAAACUCUGGCUGGGCCUGUCUUUUGAAGUCUUUUUUAAAAAAAAGUAUUUAUUUUAUGUGUAUAAGUGUUUUACUUGCAUGUCUGUAUGUAUGUGCAGCACCCUUAGAGGUUAAAAGAGGUGAUUAGACCCCUCUGGAACUGGAGUUAGGGAUGGUUGUGAGCCACCAUGUGGGUGCUGAGAACUGAAUCUGGUUCUUCUGCAAGAGCAGCCAGUGCUCUAACCACUAAAGUACCUCUUAGUCCCCAGGCCUAUCUUCUGACGGAAAAGUUAUAUUCUCCCAUGGAAGAGAAGAAUAUUAAGGCCCAGAGAGGGCAGGGAAUACUCCUGAGAUCAUGUGACAAGAGAGAACCAGUCUUCUGGCUAUUCUAAGUCACUUUGUGGUAGUGUGGCUGAGUGACUUAGGGAGAGACACAGAGGUACAGCAUUUGGGACACUCAGGGCAGAGUCUCUGGCCAGCCCAUCCCUGCUGCAGGAGCUGCUGGGCCUGGUUGAGAGGCAGGACAAUCACAACCCAAGUGCUAGCCUAAUAAAACUUUCAAAAAUGGCA